UGACAGGAGCCACGUGACACCACUCUCCCGCCGCAGCGGCCAAUGGGGAGCCGCCUUCCUGCGAGGUCGGACCGCCGGCGCAGAGGAAUUCGCUCCAGCUCGCUUGUUCGGCCUCCGCCGCUGCCGCCGUUCCUUUCCGUCUUCCGCGGGAUGAAUUGAGGAAGCUGCGUCCAGACGACGACGCCGGCCUGGAGCUGGGGCAGCCGCCGCCCCCUCCUCAGGUGUGAAUGACAGAGGAGGUGCCUCCAACUGCACUUAGUGAGAUAUACCUUCGUCUCCUGUGCCAUGAUGACAUAGACACAGUCAAGCAGCUUUGCAGCGAUUGGUUCCCAAUAGAGUACCCUGACUCAUGGUAUCGGGACAUCACCUCCAACAAGAAGUUUUUUUCCCUGGCAGCCACUUACCGAGGCUCUAUUGUGGGAAUGAUAGUAGCUGAGAUCAAGAGUCGAACCAAAGUACACAAAGAGGAUGGUGACAUUUUAGCUUCCAGUUUUCCAGUUGAUACUCAGGUUGCUUACAUUUUAAGCCUCGGAGUGGUAAAAGAAUUUCGAAAGCAUGGCAUAGGUUCUCUCUUACUUGAAAGCUUAAAAGAUCACAUAUCAACGACUGCCCAGGACCACUGCAAAGCCAUCUACCUGCAUGUCCUCACCACUAACAAUACCGCAAUAAAUUUCUAUGAAAACAGAGACUUUAAGCAGCACCAUUACCUGCCCUAUUAUUAUUCCAUAAGAGGUGUCCUCAAAGAUGGCUUCACUUACGUUCUAUACAUCAAUGGCGGGCACCCUCCAUGGACAAUCUUUGACUAUCUUCAGCACAUUGGUUCGACCUUGGCCAAUCUGAGCCCCUGUUCGAUUCCUCAGCGGAUCUACCGUCAAGCCCAGAGCCUCCUCUGCAGUCUCUUGCCGUGGUCGGGCAUUUCAGCAAAGAGCGGCAUUGAAUACAGCCGGACAAUGUGAUCCCAAGGCAGGUCCUUCUCCAUGUGAUGAAACUGACAAUGGCUUUGCUUGCUAACCAGCCCUGUGAACCUGGAUGCCCCUCUGCGGACUAGCCAAGAUUUGGCAGAAUGUCUCAUCUUGCUGUCCUCCUAGUUUCCCACUUGGCGCUUAAGAACGUUCAGGUCGAAAGCCACGGUCCUCCUGUGCUGGAGGUGAGCAACAGUUUAUCCACAGGCCAGCCUUCCCACAGCUGCCCAGACGAUGCAAUGUUUGUUAUGAGCAAUCUGCUUGGGGCGAGGAUGUACCUUGCAGCAAGCAAAGGAAGACUGUGUCGACUUCUCCCUGGUGCUGUGGCAUGGCUCCCAAGGCCAUGAUUCGUCACUCCUUUGCUGUAGACAUUGUGGCUUCAUAAGCCGCACCUCUAUGUCUGUCUGUCUGUUGCUGAGAAGCCCAGGGCUUAAACGUCCCGCCGCUCAUAAUGGCCUCCUUUGCCCAGUUGUGGUUUUAAGUACCUAUCUUAUGUAGGUAAUGCAGAGGGAAUGGAUUGGCUGUUUCAUUGUGUGUGUGUGUGUGUGUGUCAACAUACACUGUGUAUUUGUCAUUUUGUCUACAGUCUGAGCUAGAACUCAAGAACUUGGGGUGCUGUAAAAGUGUGGGAAGACUUGAGGAAUCACCUUUUUGAAGUUCAGGGGGCCAAUCAUACUGAACCCCACCAAGUUCCUCCCUGGCUGAAUGUUCCAUUGGGAGCCAGAAGUACUUGCCCAACAGUUUUCCUGAUGUCCCAAGGUACAAUUUUGGGAAAGGGUCUCCCCACUAGAUUGCAGCCAGGGUCAAGGACAUACAGAGGAGACACUUUGCUGCAAGGCAGGCAUUUCAUCUUAGGUUUCUGCUGUCUGUUGAGGCAUCCUUGGGACCUUAAAUUAGGAUGUUUUUUGUUUGCUACAUGUUCUGCACAAGACACGUUCCCCAUCUAGCUAUUAAUCAUUGGCUAUGUUGCCAAGAGCGGCAAUUCUCUAGGAGCAUGGUGUAGGCCAGAGAGGCACUUCUGAUCCCCCAAGAGUGCUGUGGGGCACAACCACAUUGCCAUGCCUUGUCUGGGCUUUGCACCACAGCUGGCAGGUGCGACUGGCUGCCUUACUGGCCAGUAGGAUAAGGUGCCAAGCUGUUAUGCAGAACACCCCUCUGGAAAAGGAGUGCUUUGCAAAGAGCAGCACUCUUAGGAUUAUGACUUCGCUGAUGCUUAGGAGGCUUAUUCCCCCCCCCCAUGACUGCAAUAAAAGUCAAGGCAUGCUUGAUGCAAGGCAAGGAGCCUGUACCUCUGUGGUUGUCUUCUGAGAAGAGUUGCCAACGUCUUGGCGAACCCUUCUAGCGACCUUUGCAACAGUGCCGGGAAGCUUGUCUUCCAACCCUCGUGUCGCACUGUGAGCCUGGAGCUCUCAGGCCUCUGCCUGACCAGACAUCUCCUCUCUCCCUUCCUGAAUGCACUUGUAUUUCCCACCCACUUUAAACCAUAAAAAGUUGGGGAAACAGCAGGCCUGGAUUUCCAAUUGGAAACAGAAUGCAGUAAAGAUUUUACUGAGUUUGUGGCAGGAAGAUGCUAAGAAAUGGCAGUAUCCAGAGGAAGGCCCAGUGCCUCUUCUGCGUUGUGACAGCCAUGCGCCAAAGAGGUGCACCUUCCCCCAAUACUGGCGUAGUCUGCCUGUUUCCUUUGCUCUCUUCUGAGACUUGCACUUUUUAGCUGUUGAGGGAUAAAGCAGCCCUUCCUUUUCAGGGUGGGACAGGAAACCUUCCUUGCCGUUUGCCUGGUGGGAGGGUUCGGGAGCAUUGGCAGGGAUUCCCUGUCUGUGGCUUAGGAGACCUUGGGCUUGAUAGUGUUCUACUACAUCGAUAUGGAACUACUCCACCGUGCUCGUGAGGGGCUGUGACGUGUCCGUAAGCCGGCAAGCUUUGCAUCUUGGUGUUACUGUGGAGUGCUGGCGUAUGGCACGAUGACCUGCUGGGUUUGGUGAGACUUCAGUGGCAUUUCUGCCGUGUGGGGCUUGCCAAAACGUUACUUGCCUUCCAGUAAUGAUCAAGAGCCUUCUGGCAGAGUUGGGAGCCGCACAAAGGAAUUGCCGGCUGGUCCCAAAGGGCGGUGGCUGGGCCAGGAGAAGGGCCCCGUUACGCUGCAGAGGGCAGAAGCCGAGCAGAGCGUCACCUCUGCCAUAAGCAGGCGCCCCUGAGGCCGAUUCAGACGACCCUUUGGGUGCUUCCUCAUCCUGUUGGUGGAUUGCACUGACCGUGGUACCCUUUGUGCAUCUUGUCAAGGGGCUCCAAGCUUGGAAUGAGAAAAGUUCAUUUAAAUAACAAUCAUUGCAUGUGAUUUUCUUUACCUGUGUGCCGUUUUUGUUUUUGUUUUAAAAAAAAUACUUUACUUUGGCGUGAGAAUGUCCUGAGUUGAUACUGUGUCAAUGUGUGUUUUGGUUUUUCUUUUUCUGGGUUUGUACACUACGUGUCCUUGUCUGAAUUCUUUACUGCUCUUGUACACCUGGCUGUCUGUUGUGCGUGCACACGCUGCUCCUUAUAAAACAGCUUCAGGAAAACAAAAAGCCUCAGCUGUGGGCUUCUAUGAGAAGACUGUCGUGUUGGCCACAAGCCUGCUAUACCCUUAUUUAUUGAGCAGCAAGAGUCAGCCAGUCACUUUAAAUGUCUUGGAUUAAAAGGGUUGUUUUA